AAGAGACGCGAGAUAGAGAAGCAAAAGUCAUCGGUCUGGCUGCGAAGAGUAUAUAUCCACUGUGGCUGUCGCCUUGCUUUGCGCGUGCAGCCUCCAGUCCAGCCGCGUUAUCUCAGGAACGGCGCCCCCGUUCUGAGUUUUUGCUCGUCCCAUCUUCCCGACUCGCCAUACCUACUUCGACUUUCCCACGCCCGCGCCCCCGCCAUGCCAUACUCACAUCACAGCCACUCGGGCCAGUUCUGCGGCCAUGCCACCAACACGCUCGAAGAGGUCAUCCAGACGGCGAUCGCCAAACGCUUCCAGACGUUUUGCCUAACAGAGCACAUGCCCAGGCCGCUCGAAGACUUCUAUCCCAAUGAGGCUGAGAAAUACACGCCCCAGAGCCUCGUGGACCUGUUCGAAAACUUCCUUGCCGAGGCGCACCGGCUGAGAGACGUGUACGCGGGCCAGAUCCAGCUGCUGAUUGGCUUUGAAACUGAAUAUAUCCGCCCGUCGACUCUUGGGCUCAUCCGGGGCAUCCUGGACAAGCACACGUUUGACUUCUUCAUGGGCUCGGUCCACCAUGUCCACACGGUGCCCAUUGACUACGACCGCCCAACGUACGAGCAGGCCAGGGAAAAGGCGGGCGGAACCGACGAGAGGCUGUUUGAGGACUAUUUCGAUCUGCAGUACGAGAUGCUACAGGAGCUGCGGCCGCUAGUUGUUGGCCAUCUCGAUCUCAUUCGCCUGCUCAGCGAUCACCGCGACGAUGGCUUCAAAGACAUGGGCGGCGUCUGGCAGAGAAUACAGCGCAACCUGGAAUUUAUUGCUUCAUAUGGCGGUCUGCUCGAGUUGAACUCGGCCGGGCUGCGCAAAGGUUUGGCCGAGCCCUAUCCGUGCUUGCCCAUCUGUCAAAUGUUUCUUCGCAUGGGAGGCGGUUUCGUCAUGUCUGACGACAGCCAUGGAGUCGACCAGGUAGGCACAAACUAUGGGCGACUGCUGGCCUUUGUGAAGAAGGCAGGGAUAGACCGCAUCUAUUACGUUGACGGGGCCGGUGAGCCCAAGGACAGUCGCUUUCCCAACGCGGGCGUUUCCAGCAUUGCUUUGGCCGACCUGGAGCAGCUCCCGUUUUGGGCGGCUGUGGAUUGAAAUUGGCCUCGCCGUGGCUUCGAAACCCUCGUGCUCAGGUUAGCUGGGGGGCGUGUUGGUUUAAUACGCCACUGACGAACUCUCCGCUGAACGUUUGCUCGGAUCCGACAACCGGUGCAAUCGUAGCGUCGAGCCUUCAACGGUGCUCGAGAGGGAUUUUCUUUGAUUACACAGGGCGCUCGCCGCGUCCCAUUGGAUGCCAGAUAAAACACCAAAUGUCCGCUGAUAUGGCGGGUCUGCAAAUAGAAGCCAAGGCAGA